AUGACUGAUCAAUAUGUUGUAUCAAUGAUUGAUACAACUCGAAAGAUUUCAUUUGAUAAUAAUACACUUUUAACAAGUUCAACAAUUAAUGCAUUACAUUUUCCUGGUCUUACAAUAUCUGGAAGAUUGGAUACAGGUGGUAGUCGACCAACAAGUUUUCUUUCUGAUAAUAUUGGAAUGUGUGAAUCAAUGACAGAAAGUUUUUCGUCAGCAGGAGGACAAGAUGAAACAAUAUUAAUUAAUCAAACAAAUAUUCAUCAAUCAGAUAUAUCAAUAACAAAUGAUAAUUUAAAAGUUGAAAGAAAAGAUUCAAUAGCACAAAAAAAACGACGUUCACGUAAAUCACAAUAUGAUGCAUCAAUUGAUACAACAUUAGCACUUGAUAAAAUUGAAUCUGUUAAUUUAUUUGAUGAACAAAAUGAAGCUGAUGAUGCCUGGUUAUAUGAAAUACCAAAAACUAAACAUAAAAAUGAUUCUACAACUGAUAAUAUAUUUUCUUGGGUACAUAAAGAAUUUAAAUCAAAUGAUAUACAAGCAAGUAAACAUCGACUUCUUUGUAAACUUGAUGAUAUGUCAAAUGCACGAACAAUACGAAGUUUGUCAUGUCAUAAUUUUGUUGAUAAUCAAAGAACUGAUAAUGUUAAAAGAAGUUUAACUGAACAACAAGUUAAUUCAGAACCCGUUAAAAGUGGUCGAUUGAAUUCGCCAUUACGUGCAAUUAGUCCUUUAUUAAAGGAAAAUGUCAAUACUCGAUCAAUAUCACCUGUUCAUUUAUCACCACGUCGAGCUAAUAUUAUAAUUACACAUGCUAAUGAAAAGAAUCCUAAUCAUACUACUGGUACAACAAGGAUACGAUCAAGAGAUACUUCAAGAGAACCUGAAAGAGAACCAUUAGAUUACACUGAUCUUGAAGAUCGUCCAGGAACUAAACCUCCUGUUGCUCCAAAAUCAACAAUAACAAGAAAUGGUGUUAAACCAAAUAAUAAUCGUGCAUCAACUAUUCAAACAAAUACGACUACUAAAACAAAUGGUUAUGAUGUAUCAACAGUUACACAAUCAAAAUCUUCAGUAACAUCAACGACACGUGCUAGUGUUUUACCACCAAAUUCAGCUAAUAAUAAUCGUACGCGACCAUCAACAAAUCGUCCAAUUCAAGCUUAUCGUGGUUCACAAACAUCUUAUAAUAAUAAUGCUAAUAAUAAUCCUAAAGUUCAAGUUACUACAUCAUCAUCUAUUCAACGAAAUAGUAAAAAACCACCUAAUAGUUUCGGUUCAACAUUUACUACUAAAGAAUUUAUAUCGAAUGAAAAUGGACUACUUACUGAUGUAAGUAAUAAACCAUUAAUAGCACCAACACGAUCACAAACUGGACCACAACGACGUACUAUAUUACCUCAUUCAUCAACAUAUUCAUCUGUUGAACGUAUUCCAUCAUCAUCGUCAUCAAUGAAUAUAACAACAAGUCGACAAACAAUUCUUCCACGUAGUUCAUCAUCAACAUUAAGUCAAGGAAGAAAAAGUGGAAUACCAACUGUUGGUAAACAACAAAAAUCUACUACUACAACUGUAACACGACCUACAUCGUCAAAUGUAAAUUCUUCUACUAAAUCUUCGGACAGUAUGGUGGUCACAAGAACUGUUCGAGGACAAAAAUCUAUAGCACGUCCUCAAAUAUCGUCAUGGAAUGAUGGAUGUUAUUAA